AUGAAUAAACUUUUUAUUUUUCUUCUCUUUUCAUUUUCCUUCAUUUUUCUUUCUUCUUUUCUUUUCAUUUUUUCUUCUCUUUUUCUUCUCUUUUCUUUUUUCUCCUCUUUUCAUUUUUCUUCUCUUUUCAAUUUUCUUCUUUUUUUCUUUUCUUUUCAUUUUUGCUUUUCUUUUCAUUUUUUCUUUUCUUUUCAUUUUUUCUUUUCUUUUCAUUUUUUCUUCUCUUUUCAUUUUCCUUCUCUUUUCAUUUUUCUUCUUUCUUCUUUUUUCUUCACUUUUUUCUUCUCUUUUCAUUUUUUCUUUUCUUUUCAUUUUUCUUCUUUUCUCUUUUCUUUUUUCUUUACUUUUCUUUAUUCUUUUUUCUUUUCUUUUUUUCUUUUUUCUUUUCAUUUUUCUUUUCUUUUCUCUUCUUUUUUCGUUUUUUCUCUUUCUUUUUUCAUUUUUAUGCUCUUUUUUCUUCUCUUCUUUUUCUUUUCUUUUUCCUUUCUCUUCUUUCCUUUCUUUCUAUUUGUGUGCGCUUCUGCCUUUUCCCUCUCUCUUUUUUUGUUUUACUCGCUUUCUUUAAACUUUUCUUUUUCUCGAUUUCUUCUUCUUCCUUUCUUGUUUUUUUUUCUUUCUCUCACUUUCUCUGUCAUUUCUCUCUAG